AAUGUUAUUGAAAAUGGAACAACAACAAGCGACGGCGUCGUUUAUAUCGUCGCUAAAUAUCUCACCAUUUUCGCUGCAAUUGGAACAGGAGCAACCCUCCAGUCCAGCGCUGGGAGCUGGCAAUUCCAAUUCAAAUCAGCAGCUGAUAAAUGCGGCAGCGGCUGCGGCCGAGACCGAACUGAAUGCGGAUGAUUACAACAGCUAUACGCUGCAUUUGACAAGCAAUAAUAGCGGCAACAACAACAACAACAAUAGCCACCAACAGCAGCAGCAACACCAUCAAAAUCAAAACCAACACCAUCAGCAGCAGCAACAACAUCACUACCACCAACAACAACAGCAGCAACAGCCACAACAACACUACCAACAGCAACCACCUCAACAACAACAACAACAGCAGCAACAACAACAACAAAAUAUUGCCAAUAAUCCCAACUUUCAAUAUUCCUAUAUCUAUAACAUCGAUUCUCAAUAUAUAUUUCCCACAGGUUAUCAGGACACCACCUCCUCGCAUUCACAGCAAAGCGCCAAUGGCGGCGGCGGUGGCGGUUCACAAGCCAGUAACGGUGGCUCAUCGGCCUCUUCAGCCUCUGGAACCUAUAUGUCCCUGUUGCCACCGGCCACCUCUUCAUCAUCGGCUCCACAUUUGAGCGUAUCGCAUAUGGGUGGCAGCGUCGGUGGUGGUGGCGGUGGCCAUAAUGGCCCCGGCGGUGGUGGUACCAGUGCCACUGCUAGCGGUUCGACGCCGGAUGUCAUAGAUUUCAAACAUCUUUUCGAGGAGUUGUGUCCGGUGUGUGGUGACAAGGUGAGUGGCUAUCACUAUGGCCUGCUCACCUGCGAAUCGUGUAAAGGUUUCUUCAAGCGUACAGUACAAAAUAAGAAGGUGUAUACGUGUGUUGCGGAACGCUCCUGUCACAUCGAUAAGACACAGCGUAAACGGUGUCCGUAUUGUCGUUUCCAGAAGUGUCUGGAGGUGGGAAUGAAAUUGGAAGCUGUGAGAGCCGAUCGCAUGCGCGGUGGCCGCAAUAAAUUUGGACCCAUGUACAAGCGUGAUCGGGCGCGAAAACUGCAAGUGAUGCGACAACGACAAAUUGCAUUGCAGGCCCUCAGAACGUCCAUGGGUACGGGUGAUAUGAAACCAACACCGUUAUCGCCCGGCUAUCAAACCUAUUCGAAUAUGAAUAUUAAACAAGAAAUACAAAUACCUCAGGUAUCCUCUCUAACACAAUCGCCCGACUCAUCACCCAGCCCCAUUGCAAUUGCCUUAGGACAGGUUAAUGCCAGCACCGGUGUGAUAGCUACGCCACUGAAUGGCAGUGGCGGCGGUUCUGGCAGCGGAGGUGGUGGUGGCGGUAACAGUAAUAAUGGCAGCAAUAACAACAACAGUACGAGUGAUGGCAUCAACCGCGUUGGUAGUGGCAGUGGUGGUGGCAGUAAUUGCCACGAUACCGGUACCGGGUCUCUACAGAAUGCCAGCGAUUCAAAAUUGUGCUUCGACUCGGGCACACAUCCUUCAAGUACCGCCGAUUCCAUAAUAGAACCAUUAAGGGUAUCACCGAUGAUCAGGGAAUUUGUACAGUCAAUAGAUGACAGGGAAUGGCAGACGCAACUAUUUGCCCUGCUGCAGAAACAAACGUACAAUCAAGUUGAAGUGGAUCUCUUUGAAUUAAUGUGUAAAGUUUUGGAUCAGAAUCUAUUCUCACAGGUCGAUUGGGCCCGCAAUACUGUGUUCUUUAAGGAUUUGAAGGUUGAUGAUCAAAUGAAACUACUACAACAUUCAUGGUCCGAUAUGUUAGUAUUGGAUCAUUUACAUCAACGCAUACACAAUGGCCUGCCCGAUGAGACACAACUGAACAAUGGCCAAGUCUUUAAUCUAUUAAGUCUUGGCCUGCUCGGUGUGCCACAGUUAAGUGAUUAUUUCAAUGAGCUGCAAAAUAAAUUGCAAGAUUUGAAAUUUGAUAUGGGCGAUUAUGUGUGUAUGAAAUUUUUGAUAUUAUUAAAUCCAGAUGUCCGGGGUAUUAUCAAUAAGAAGACAGUGUUGCAGGGUCAUGAAAAUGUGCAAGCGGCAUUGUUAGAUUAUACGCUAACGUGUUAUCCAUCUGUGACGGAUAAAUUCAGGAGGCUGUUAAGUAUAUUGCCUGACAUUCAUGCCAUGGCAACACGCGGUGAAGAGCACUUAUAUUCAAAACAUUGUGCCGGUAGUGCACCCACACAAACGUUACUCAUGGAAAUGUUGCAUGCAAAACGGAAAGUGUAAAAGCAACUAUCAACAAAC